UCAUCAUUUAAGAAUAUAAAAUAUAAAAAAUGUAUCAUUGAUUUGAUUUUCAUACUGAUAAUAUUAUAUUAGUUAGUUGAUUGUCAAGAAAGAUAGGAUAUAAAAGCUCACGAGAAUUACCACACGACCCAUAUAUAGUUUGAAACUGAAUCUAAAACCUCACAAUCCUACAUAAAAGGCUUAAAUGCUCUUCUUUUAGGAACAAUAUGCCACUAAUAAAAAGAAUGAGGAGUUGUUGAUUCAAGUCAACUAUAUACUAAAAACUAAGCUAACAGGAAACCAUCAAAACUUGAGAGCAAAUAACAAAGUUUGUGUUACCUCCAGUAUACUAAUAGACUUGAUCAAAAUUAUAAGGCACAAAAUUAGACACUCCUUAUCUAUCAGUUUCAGUAGGUUGAAUAAAGAAUUGACCUACUUCAGUAAAUCAAUCAAUGAUUUUUCGUUUUAAUAUAGAAAUAGGUUGUGGUAACUGCAAAAACCAUAAACCUAAAGAGCCAAUAGCCACCACUCUCCGUUGAACGACCAAAUUUUUAUCCACUCUAUCUUCAAUCUCAAGAGGCAUAUGUUUCAACCAAACAUUCACUUUUUAAUUCUCCUUCUGCAACUCCAUUUAUGAUACUUUGAUGGACCUUCUCUCCGUGGCCCUCAAUUUCUCUUCCAAUUGGGGUUCUUGUCAACUCGCUCUUCAACUCCUCAAUCUUCUUCUUGUGUUUUGCCAACUCAUCUUCCUCAGGGGGGGUUGUAAUAAGUUCGCUAAAACCAACACUCAUCUCCAAUUCCAUCAAUAUGUUCAUCUCCCCCUUGUCAACUUUCAACUGCUUCAGUCCACUUCCAUGUCCUUCAAUACCCUCUCCAUUUUCAUUAUUAUCCUCAUCAUCUCUCACUUCGCUCUCUUUAAUUGCUCCAGUUUCGUUUCCAUGUAUUUCAAUACCCUCCACAAUUCGCUCACUGCCCUCUCUGACUCCCUCUUCUCUACCUUCACCUGCUGCAGUGGAACUUUACCUUCUAGCAAAUCCAAAAACAAUUUCUUCCCCCACCACUUCCAUUCUCAAACUCAAUUCCAACUCUUCUACUCCAAGUUCAAAUUCAUAACUACUUGAUUGAACUCCAUUAUAUUCGCCAUAGAUUGAUUUUGGAUUUGAAAUCUUCUACUUGCCUAGUUUAAAUCCUAAGAAUAAAACUGUCAUGCCAAGAGAAACCGGAAGAUUAAUUUUCAAAUGCGCCCUUGUACUGGGAAGUGAAAUGGCCAAACUAUUGCACGAUGGAGGGACUUUCGGAGAAAGUUAGAAAUAGAUAAGAAUAAAGAUAAAAAAAUCACAAAAUUUAAAUUGAAAAAUGCAAUGACACAACACGUAGUAAAAUAAAUAGUUUUUUUCAUGUUAGCCAAUUACAAAUUUACCUUAGUGAAUAUUAAGGAGAGAGCAUGAAUUUUAAAAUGGAUAAAAUUACAUGAACCUAUACUGUGGAAAUUGAAGUAUUAAGCACCAUAAAAAAUGCAUACGGUAAGCUUAGUGAUGUAAAAGGCAUUCACUUUCUAGAGUUUAACUUUGUAUAUGUUUUGUAUUCAAAUAGAAGCAACAAAUUCAUUUAGUGUAAUUGAUUAUGAUUGUUGUCUUUGUUUGAAGAGACCCGUGUUCAAAUCUUGAUAUUGAUAUUUUUUAUAUGAAAUAAAUAGUUAAUUGUAAAGACAAAAAUGUCAUUCCUAAGAACCAGUUCCCAUUACCCUUUGCCGGUUUGGUCCUUACGUACGUACCCUGCCCAGAUCGCAACCCGGAUAAGCGAUCAGCACGUAAGGAAAAUCAUAACCACUGUCACGUUACUGUGCAUGUUCUUCUGCACCAACAACUCUAGUAGGGUUCGCAAUUGGACUCUAACUCAAGGGUAUCCAAUUCGAUCCUAUCAUAUCAAAACGAGUAAUAUUCAGUACUGAUGAUUUUUAUCCGCUUUUAGUAUUGGUGGCUUGAACCGGAUUUGAGUUUUACCAAAACUCAAUCCGCUUUUCACCCGAUCCGUACUCAUAAGUAAAACAACAUCAUUUUGUAUGUAGCCGAAACAAUAUGAUCAAUUUACAAAAAUUAUUAGUCUUCAUGACAAUAUAAACCUGACAAUCUAGAUAAUUUAUGAAUCUUUAACAAAUUUUAUGCAGAUAUAUCUGUAAAAAAAAAUUCCGAUUACAUUACGAUUUGAGUGUUCGAAUAAAUAAUACAUUAUUAUAUUCGUGAACCCAUGUGUACAUUGCAUGCAUACACACCUAUGACUUGUGAGUCGUGAGUACCUGUUGGAUUUUUCACUUCUAAAAUGCAAUUGAUUUUUACCGAGAGGAUGCACCAAUUCGAUAGGGUUUAAAGAAACCCGACCUACUGUCAUCUCCAAACUCAAGGGGAUCUCUAUCUUAUGCGUACAACCAUUGCAAAAGAUUAUUUAUGCGAAUCUCCGCUGUGCCAUUUCAAUUUUAUAUUCCUCAAAGGAUGAAACGGGUUGGAAAGCUCUUUGGAAAUGGAAGGGCCCUAGUAGAAUCAAGCACUUUAUUUGGCUUGUUAUGCACGAAAGGCUGAUGACCAACAAAGAAAGGAGAAGAAGAAAGCUCACCACCAACAGCUUCUGCAGCCUCUGCAAGGACAAAAAGAAUCCAUUGACCACAUUCUGAGAGACUGCAGCAAAGCGAGGGAGAUUUGGGAUUCUUUUCCCUGCAAAGUUGCUGCUAAUAGCAUGAACCUACCCUUGAGAGAAUGGCUGCUAACAAACCUUACUCAGGAGGAGAGUGAUAUUGGUUUUGGUAUCAUCAUAUGGCACUUGUGGAAACAAAGAAACGAAGAAGUCAUGGAGGGGAGCGCUUUCUGCAAGAAAGGUUUGAUUGCCAGGAUUAAAGCCUGGUUCCGCAUUGUAGAACAGGCACACCAGAAUGUGCAGAAGACUUCACUUACCAGUAGGACUGCAGGCUGCACGAGAUUGAUCUCCUGGAUUCCACCUGAUGAAGGAUGGAUCCAACUGCAGACGGACGGUUCUGUGGUCACUUCGACUGGGAAAGCUGCUGCUGGAGGACUUUUCAGAAACAACUUGGGACAAUGCAAAGGGGCCUUUGUCUGCAACCUUGGUUCGUGUUCCAUCACUGCUGCUGAGCUCAAAGGCGCGUUGGAAGGGCUCAAAAUUGCGUGGCAGAGAGGGUAUAGAAGGAUUCAGCUCAACCUGGAUUCUUUGACUGCUCUUGAAAUCAUCAAGCAACGCCAGAACGACAACCAUCGACAUGGUAGCUUGGCUAAACAGUUUAGCUAUCUUUUGAACCUCGAUUGGGAGGUGACAGUUUCUCAUGUAUAUAGGGAAGCUAAUUGUGCCGCCGAUUUCUUGGCUAACAAGGCACAUGACUUUGAUUUUGGCACACAUCCUUUCAAUGUGUGCGAUGUGGACUUAGUCCAAUGGCUUCGCCACGAUGUUAUGGGAAUUUCCCAUGAACGUUUUACUACUAAUGUGAUUUAGACGCUUUGCGUCUGUCUUUCAACCAAAAAAAAAAAGGACGAAACGGGUGAACAAGUUUUGCCUCGAUGCAUUCUUUUCCACAUCUGAAUCGCAGCCAAGCCAAGCCAAGAAGAAACCAAGUUCGACUUG